AUGGGCGUGAAGAGAGUUCUAGAGAAACGUUAUGUAAGAGUUGCCUUCUGUGCCUCCACCGGGGCCAGGAUCAAACACGCAACCCAGGUGACUUUAGGCCGAGGAUUUGGUGUCACCUACCAACUGGUAUCAAAACUCUGCCCUCUGAUGAUUUCCCGAAACCACUGUGUUUUGAAGCAGAACACGGAGGGCCAGUGGACAAUUAUGGACAACAAGAGUCUGAAUGGCGUUUGGCUGAACAGAGUACGUCUAGAGCCUUUAGAGGUCUACACUCUCCACGCGGGAGACCGCGUCCAGCUUGGGGUGCCCCUGGAAAAUAAGGAGAGUGCAGAGUAUGAGUAUGAAGUUACUGAAGAAGACUGGGAGAAGAUGUGUCCAUAUCUUGCCCCAAUGAAUGAUCAGAUACUGGGGAAAAACAAGGGCUUGAGAACUAAAAGGAAAUGUAGUUUGGAUGAAUUAGAGGGUCCUGAAGCUGAAGGGCCCUCACACUUGAAAUUCAAAAUGAAUAAAGUGUCUAGUGAACCUGGCCAGCCACUGAGGUCAUGUGGGAAAGGUGAACUGGCCCGUGGACCCUCUGAACAUUUGGAACCUCAGCUGACUUCUCCUGAGCCAAGUGAGAACGUCUCAGGGGCUCAUGCUUUCUCUGGCCCCACCAAAGUCCUGGCGCUGCAUCAUCACAAGCGCAAAGCCUCAAACCCGUCAGUGUCUCAGAGCCGCUUAGAGCUGUUCAAGGUGACCAUGUCUAGGAUUCUGAAGCUCAAAACACAGAUGCAGGAAAAGCAAGUAGCUGUUCUGAAUGAGAAAAAGCAGACCCAAAAAGGGGACUCAAAGAAUAUUGUGCAGAUGGAGCAGGAACUGCAGGAUUUACAGUCGCGGCUUUGUGCAGAGCAGGCCCAGCAGGAGGCCAGAGUGGAGCAGCUAGAGAAGACUUUCGAGGAAGAACAGCAGUCUCUCCAGGGUUUGGAGAAAGAGCAAGGAGAAGAGGACCUGAAGCAACAGCUGGCCCAGGCUCUGCAGGAGCAUCAGGCUCUAAUGGAAGAGCUAAACCGCAGCAAGAAGGACUUUGAAGCAAUCAUUCAAGCCAAGAACAAAGAAUUGGAGCAGACCAAGGAAGAGAAGGAGAAGGUGCAAGCACAGAAGGAGGAAGUUCUUAGCCACAUGAAUGACGUGCUGGAGAACGAGCUGCAGUGUAUUAUCUGUUCAGAAUACUUCAUUGAGGCUGUCACCUUGAACUGUGCCCACAGUUUCUGCUCCUAUUGUAUCAAUGAAUGGAUGAAGAGGAAGGUAGAAUGUCCCAUUUGUCGGAAGGACAUCAAGUCCAAAACCCCCUCCCUGGUUCUGGACAAUUGCAUUAGUAAAAUGGUAGAUAAUCUGAGUUCUGAAGUAAAAGAACGACGAACUGACUUAAUUAAGAGACGAAAAGAGUCAGGAACCCUGGUGAGCACCGCCCACCAGCACCACCACCACCACCACCACGUUGUACUGAGGGCAAGACCAGUGCUUGCUGGCCAAGGCUGGCCCACCAGCCGGAGAGCAGGGCCCAGGGGAGGAACCUGAGCACACCGAGAGCUUCAGGAGAACACAGAGAUCGUUGUGAAGACUGCCGCGGGGGCCUUUUAAAGACUGCCAGGCAACAGAGCGCGGGGUGGUCUCAAGGAUCCUCUGUGGACUGUCUUGGGCUGCGCCGGGACAGAGCGCGGGAGAACCACGUGGGACAGAGUCUAAGUAAGAAGUCGUCCGUCACGAGCCUCCCAUGCUGGCCAGCCCGCUGCACCGUCAUCUGAAGCCCCCCGUACCCACCGCCCUACGGCCUCCGGGUACUAAACAGACUCUGCCUCACUGCGUGUUGAAUGGUUAUGUAGUUCCGUUUGCUUUUUUAAAUUUGUUGUUGUUUUGUUACUGUUUUGGUGCCUCUGCUGACCUUGUUCCGGACAGCUUGAAUGUACCCCCGUGGCUGCCCCUGACGCUAAGGCGGCCUCUAUUUGAGAGGACGGCACCCCUCUUUGUGAAAACAAGAUGUUGUUUCCUGGAAAUAAAAUGUAAAACUUAACAGUU